AUGGUAAAGACCCCUUCCUUCAUUCUGUGCCUAGUAGUCCUUCUAGGUGUUAAUUUUGUGGUGCAGGUGUCUGCGAUGUAUAAGCAAGGAUGUUUUAGAGGUUAUUAUGAAGAUGGAGGGUGAAGGCCUUGACAUGGCUCGUGUAGAAGUUGAUCAGGGCCUGAUAGGUGUGAUACGUGAGAGGAUUAUAUGUUUUUGGGUGAUGACAAUAUUAGGGUUGAAGGAUCUCAAUUGGAAGGUGUAGAAGGGAGUACUUGAGGUAAAUGAGCUGAUGGGGAGUAUUAUGAUAUGACAGGGAAUGUGUGAAGAAGCUGAGAUGGAAAGUGAAUCUCAGCUUGUGCAUACCAAAAUAUUUGAUUUGAAUGCGAUAAUGACCAAGUAUUUGAUUUAGAAAGCUUGAUCUGUAUUGAUUUUACCGAGUGUGUAUCUCCGAAGCAUUUACUCAUAAAUCCGCAAUAUACACUUCCAAGUAUCUGAAGAACUUUAGAUUAUUUUAUUGACCCCUUUAGUUCUAGAAAUAUCGAGCUCGGUACACAGAGUUUUCCAUAUCGGUCCUUUACAGCAUUAGCUUCAGAAAUCAUAAAUAUUCAUUCAAACUCAAAUGUGAAUAUCAAUAUCUUUACAAGUGAUGCUUACAUCAAAGAUGAUGUUCUGAAGCUGAUCAAUAUUACCAAUGUAACUAUAAGCCAAUUUCCAGAUUAUUUAUCAGUCAAGGAUCUAAAUUUACUCAAAAGUUCGGAAAAUAGGCCUCUAUUAAUUCCGACGCAUUUCAUCCAGCAUGGUAUUUCAGAGAAAGCUCUCUUUCAUAUUUUGAACAGUAGCCAAACAAAUGAAUCAUCGGCUCUUGAAGGACAUGGCUUUGGGGGUUACGAACUUUCUGCAUUUAAUGGAAGUAUCGGGGCUAUUAAGAUUUUGAGAACCUCUCUUCAGAUUGAAGGAGUAGACUUUUACAGAGAAGAACUGGAUUACAACCAGCUCAACAAGCUUUUAGUUUCUAUUUAUCUUCAAGACCGGCUUUUGAAUAUUACCAACUGUGGGUUUAAUAUCACUGGAGAGAUCGUGAAUAAUCAUGAUCCUAUCAAUGUGUAUUUUAAGAAUAUUGUGGUCGAAGGAUACAGUUUGAAGAGCCUUUAUCAUGAUGUUCCCUUUAUAUGAAAUUAUCCUGGAGCUUUUCUGCAUGGAGAAAUCUUUGCAAAUAAUAUAACUUAUUUAAUUUACAAAGAUAGGACAAGUCCUAAAAACACUUGGUUCUUAUUUUCAAGCGGACCAGCAAAUGUAACUUUCAGGAAUAUUGACUUAGGGAAGCUAUAUUCUUCCAUGAAUGACUUGUCUAUAGGAGUUGGCUAUUUUGUUUCUCCUGUUUGCCUUCCAGAUGAUGAAGAAAUUCAUAAAUUCUCUGUUGAUUAUUUAACAGCCAGUCUUCCUUUUGAAGGAGAUGCAACCAAGAUUAUGGUUAAUGGAUUCAUUGGGUCUCAACCUCAUUAUCGUAUAUACGAAAUUAGUUUUUCUCAUUUUGAAUUCAGCAAUUAUAGGAUCCAGCGACCUACUGGUUUCUUAAGUUUAAUUGGCUCGCCAAUAGACUCAAUAAAGCUAUCAGACACAGUUGUUUCUAACUGUUCGACUAUUGGUAAUUUCUUCAGUAUUCAUAUUUUCCACCAAGCUGUGAUAAGUAACCUAACUUUUGAGGAUAUUCCUGAAAAUAAUUGUAUUAUGAGAUGGGAAGCCUUGGCUAAUGUUGUUGCCCAAGAUAUCAAUAUCACCAACUAUUCCUCUAGCAAAAUCAGGACUCUUAGUGAUAUCAAUGUCGUUUGUAAUUCACAGACUCGGAUUUCAGUCGCUGGGCUUUACUUGAGGAACUGAAGUUUUAGCACAUUUCCUUUUAUUGAUGUUAAUGGGAAGCCAGAGUUGUUUGAAAUUUUAGAUAGCUCAUAUGAGGGGAUUCAGAUGGAUGGAGAUACCUCGUUGAUUUAUUUUACAGCAGUCUCUUCUCUUGUGGUGUCUAACCAGACUUUUAGAUAUUUUGUGAUUAAUGCAGGAGAUGAAUCGAACAAUUUUAUUUUGGAUAUAAACUCACUAGAUCUCAAUAAUUCAGAGAAUAUAGCACUUGAUACUAUAAUGCUUAGCAGUACUGAUAUCUCACUGAUCAACCUUAAAUCAAUAGUGCCUUCAAGUUCUGGAGCUAAUAUGACUUUCACCAACUUGUCUAUCAAAGAUGCUUACUUAAUCCAGCAGAGACCUAUGAUCUCAACUGAGGGGUUCAUCUCAUCAUCUGAUUUCCAUGUCAUUUUUGAUAAUUUAACUGUAUCGAAUAUAACUUUUAGAAGAAUAGGAGAGAUAUUUAACUUCAAGCAUUAUCUAGCCAACCCUGUUGUUAUAAAGAACUCAGUGUUUGAAGAUUUAUCUUCAGCAAGUUUCUAUACAGAAGCUAUUAUAUACCCAGAUCUAAGCUUAUCGACCAGAGUCAUUGUUGAUAAUUGUGAGUUCAAGAGGAUCAAUAACCCUCAGAGAUCAUUUAUCGAAUCUAAAGCUAAUGGUUAUUUCGAAAUCCUUUCAUGUAAUUUCUCUGAAAUAUCUUCUACAAACGAUUUUUCAGGAAUUGCUUCUUUGGCUGGGGAUUCUCAAUGUAUAUUUAUUAAUGAUAUCUUUACUAAUAAUUCUGCUAUAUCUUCUACUCUUUUCAAGAUUGGGGAAACAAGUAAGCUUAGCUGAGAAAACUGUCAAAUUUUCAAUAAUUUUGCACUCUCAUAUGCUAUUUUCGAAGUGACCUCAGAUGGAAGUAUCACAUUUAGUAACUCUAGUUUGUAUAAUAAUUAUGCAAUUCAGCACUCAUUAGGGAUUAUUCAAGAGACUGUACAUAUUUCAGUUUUGUCGAACUGAAAACUCUAUAACAACUUUUAUCUGUCUUACGAUGAAAUCACACAAGCUGUCAAUGGGAAAUGAGGAAGAAUUUGAAUGAUUAGUGACAAAUUGAAGGAGUUUUUAAGUAUUAAUCCAAAUAAAAUCAUCGAAACUCCAAAGUCAAAUUUUGCUUUGACCCUUAUCACAAGUUCGAUAAAAGUUACUUCUGGAACUGAAAUCUACAACCAACCUUACUUACUAAAUUGAUUUUUAUCUGAAAUUUUUAUAUCAGAAGUGAAACUCUAUUCAGUAGAAUUCACAGGCAUAUAUAUCCUCAUAUUAUCUUCAAACUUCUCUAUUGAAAAGAGUUCAAUCUAUUCAGCAAAUGUUAUUGAAGAAGGAUCUCUGAUAAGAUCCUCAGAUUCCAGAGUAAUAAUUAACAACAUCACUUACUCUAAUUCCAAUGCUGCCUUUAUUCUAUCAUCCUCAGCUGAACUAGAAGUAUAUGGCCUUAGAUUUCAGAAAAUUCAUGAGGCUGAGUGGUUGAUGAGCAUUUACAGAUCUCCCAAACUGAAGCUGGAAGAUAUCCAAUUAGUGGACUAUUCUACUUCAACUGGCAGAGUUAUUUUCAUAGACAAAUGAGAACACCUCAUCAUACUGAACACAACUGUAGCAAACUACACAAAGACUUUGUUCGUAAUUCGGAGCUCCUAUGUCAGCCUCAUCGAAAAUCUUCAUGUGUCUGGAUAUUACAGAGCUCUUGAGGUUGUAAACAGUAAUAUCCAGCUGAUCAACCACUCAAGCUUCUCUCAAUGAGGAAGUGACAAACUAAUUUAUGCUGGAGCAUUGUACAUUGAAGAAAGCAAUGUCACUCUAUCAAAUACGAGCUUCUUUGAAAAUAAAGCAGUCUCAGGUGGAGCUAUUGCUUCUAUAUGCUCUACUCACAUUAACUGAAAUGUUAAGAUACAGAGUAGCAAUUUUAUUUUGAAUAAAGCAAUACAGAAAGGAGGAUCAAUUUACUAUACUUACAACUCUCCGCUUAUAGAUUAUGAUACAGUCUUUACAGAUAAUUCAGCUCCCUAUGGAGAUAAUAUUGCAAGCUAUCCUGUUAUGAUAGGCCCUGUAGAUGGGAAAAUAUUGGAUAACAUCAUAAUUGAUUUUGUUUCUCCAGGAAUACCUAUCGAACAAGAAAUAAUUCUAGCAUUGUAUGAUGGAGAUGGACAGACCAUGGUUCUUGACAAUUCGAGUCAAAUUGUUAUAACACCUCUUUCUGCAAAUGCCUCAAUCAAAGGAAUCAGCUCAUCUAUACUUACAAACGGAGCCACUAAAUUUAGCGGAUUCACUCCCAUUUCUUCGCCCGGAUCAUCUCAAGUCGAAUAUGAGCUUUCAACAAAGGUGAUUGAUAAAGAUAAAGUCAAGAGUGUCAUCAACUUAAGGGUCUCACAGCCUAAUAUCAUAGUCAAUUUCAGUUACUGAAAACCUGGAGAGCAAGUUAUCGAUAAUCAGUGAAUUGAAUGUCCAGCAGGCACUUACUCAUUUGAAUGGAACUCCAAUAGCUGUAAUCUAUGAUUAGAGAAUGCUGCUUGAUUAGGCAAGCAGGAGCUACAGGUUGCCCAAGGAUUUUGGAGAAGCUCAACAAAUUCUACAGAUAUAAUUGAAUGUAUUCUCAAAGAAGCAUGUGAAGGAGGAUAUUAUCCUGAGAACGAUUAUCCUGUAAAAUGAGCACCAGGUUACACUGGCAAACUGUGCUCUAAAUGACAAAUUAUAGAUUCUCAUAAAUACCAGAAGAUUGAUGACUUUAAGUGAGAAGUGUGCCCAAACCCAGUUACAAAUGCAUUGAGAAUUAUUAGCUUAGUGUUACUUAUGUUCGGCUUCUUUAUGAUGACUAUUAUCACAAAUGUCAGGAAAACAACUGAAAGCGAGUUUUCUACUCUGUUAAGGAUUCUGACAAGUUAUCUCCAAAUCAUCACUACUUCAAUGUCAAUGACAGCCAAGUAUCCUUCCUCAAUGGCAAAUAUUUUCAUGCCGUUGAACAGAAUUGGCGACUCAUCAGAACCUUUCUUAUCAUUCGAUUGUUUCAUCACUGACUACGAAAUCAAAGGCCCCUUCGACUCCAAUGCAAUUCUAAAGCUAUUCUUAAUCAUGCUGCUGCCAAUUUUUCUUUGCUUAGCAGUGUUUAGUGUGUGGUUUGUAUUAAUGAUUAUCAGAAAGAACUGGGUCAAAGACAUUAAAAGAUGUCUCACAGUUUCAUUCAUCAGUAUUAUAUUCUUACUUCACCCUAAGUUAACUGAGGCUGGAAUAAAUGCGUUCAGAUGAGUCAAUCUUGGCGAUAACUCUUACGCAACAAGAAUCGACACUGCAAUUGAGUGAUACUCAUCAUCCCAUCUCAAAUGGUGAAUUCUCAUAGCUGUACCUAUCCUGGCUAUUUGGGUGGUAUCAGUCCCGGUGAUUGGAUUAGUGAUUCUAAGCAAAGCUCACAAAUCAAAUAACACAAGAGUAUUAGAGACAUUCCUGAUUUUGUUCCAAGGCCUGAAAGACGAAAUCUUUUACUGGGAAUUUGUUAACACCUUCAGAAAAGUAUUAAUAGUGAUGUCCUUUCUUCUCCCUACAAACUACAAGAUAGGAUUUUCAAUAAUACUUAUGGUAGUGAGUGAAAGAUUAGAAAGAAGAUUAAAACCAUACAAAUCUGAAGAACAUACAAACAUUUCUCUUCUCUCAACAGCAGCUGGAAUAAUAACUUUGAAUGCAAGUUAUGUCUAUGAGCAGGAAGGAAAAGUUCCUCAUCUCAAUUUUGUAAUCUUAUUGAUGCUCAUAAUAGUAAACUCUAGGUUUCUUAUAGAGUGGAGCUACUUAUUCCUGAAAUGAUUUAAAUCCAAAUAUAAGCUAGUAAACUAUGUAUUUAUAUUGACAACAAAGUUGCUUUGAAAGAAGCUUCCUCAGGAUGAUAGUUAUCAGCAAGACCAAGAUAUUUCGCAGCCAAAUAAGGUUUUAUAUAAGCCAAGAAGAAGAGGAAGAAAUAAAUUUAAAAGAAAGAGAAGAAGAAUUAGAAAAAUUAAGAAAAAACAAAUCAAAAAUCCAAAAUUUCAAACCUCUAAAAAGAAACCUACAGAUAAAAUAAAUUAUACAACACAGAGAGACCUUGUCUCCAACCAAGCAAGCAGGAUAUCAUCAAAUAAUGCAGAACAAAUCGCUGAAAGAUUCCAGAUCACAACCAAAGCAAGGAAGAUACCAGUCAGACUUGAUUCUGACAUUGUGAAUUACUCAAAUUCUCAAAAGAAUUUCUUUGAAUAAGCCCACUUUUAAUUUAU